UGAAUAUGGUACCUGGGAACUACACGUUUAAGUUGACAGUGACAGACUCAGAUGGGGCAACAGACUCUACUUUGGCUAAUGUAAUUAUUAAAAAAGAGAAAGACUACCCCCCACAAGCAGACGUGGGGUCUGAUGUGGUCAUCCACCUCCCACAAAACUCCCUCACCCUGUACGGCAAUGCCAGCACUGAUGACAAAGGGGUGCUGACCUAUGAGUGGACCUCAGAAAACAAGCUCACUGCUGGGAUGGUGGGCGUCAGGUCCCCUAUCUUACAGCUGAGUAAUCUGGAGGUUGGGGACUACAAGUUUACACUGAAAGUGACAGACUCCUCAGGGCAGACAGACACAGCUGAUGUCCAUGUCUUUGUCAAACCUGAGUCCAACCACCCGCCUGUAGCCAAAACAGCAGGACACCUACAGCUGUAUUUGCCCCUAGAAAGUUUGACACUAGAUGGCUCCAACAGUUCUGAUGACUCUGGCAAAAUGGCUUUCUCAUGGAGCCAAAAAGGGGGACCCAAUACACUGUUAAUAAGCAAUGCAGAUAAAAUAGUAGCCAUAGCAACAGGGGCAAUAACUGAAGGAGAUUAUGAGUUUGAGCUUACAGUGACAGAUGGAGAGUUACAGAAGGCCACUGACACUCUCAUUAUCUCACUCAAGAAAGAUGUGAACCUUCAGCCAAAAGCAGAUGCAGGUGGCAACAAAGUGGUGCAGUUGCCUGUUGGUCUGGUGACUCUAGAUGGAUCUAAAUCUUCUGAUGAUCAUGGCAUUGCUAAGUUUACCUGGAAGAGGGACAGCAAAAGUUUGGCUGCGGGGACUGUUGUCAACAACUCUGACCACAAGGCUGUACUCCAGCUGGUCAACUUAGUGGCUGGACAGUACCAGUUUACACUAACAGUUGAAGAUGCCGAGGGUCUGCAAAGUAGUGACAGUGCCACGGUUAUAGUUAACAACAAUGCACAUCAGAAAGAUAUUGUUGAGAUGAUCUUAGAUGCUGAUAUUGAUCAUUUUACUGUGGCUAAUAAGGAAAGUUUACAAGAUCAGCUUGUGCUUUUGCUGCAGAAAUCUUCAGAAGAUAGAGCCACAACUGUUGAGUUUAUAUCUGUUGAUGAAGACAUCAGCACUGGACACCUCUGCCUUACUUUUCAAGUCCUCCACAAUGAAAAGGAUUCCCCCACCAUCAUGAAUGGGGUUCAUGCUCUGCGAACACUGAAAAACAAGAUCAGCUCAGGGAAAAUUCUGGACUACAGCAUAGUUAGAUUGGACCUCUCUGUGUGUCAGAAUAAUUGUUCUGGGCAUGGGCGCUGUGAUCAGAAAACCAAACUUUGUGUGUGUGAGGCCUUCUGGAUGCCAAACUUCUUCACAGCCUCCAUGUUCAGCACUGAGAGCAACUGUGAUUGGAGUGUCUUGUAUGUUGUCAUCAUCUGUUUCAUCAUCCUUGUUGCCAUCAUCAGCUCCAUAUGGGCUAUCAUUUGCUGCUGCACGUCUAAACAAUGCAAAUUAACUCUUAAAGCUCGCAGACGACAUAGGUAUUCUCUACUGAGAGAUGCAGAUGACAGUGAUAAAGAUAAAAUAGAAAUGCAUAGUAAAGGAAAAAAUGGUAAGAUCCAAAACAGUAGUGUUAUGAUCUCAGAGUCUGACCUCUCUAGCGAUGAAGAGACUCUGUUCUUGAGCAAUAAGAAAGCUUCCAAUGGGUUGAAUAUCAAAGUGGCCAAUGGAUCUCGUCCAAGUUACAAAAACAAGCUGAAAACAUGACAGUGCAACUUUAAGCUUGAGUUCAAUUUAUUUUAAACUGUGACAUGUUUGUUUUUUAAAAAUGUGUUAAUGUCUGAUGUCAGUUGAAAAAACAUAAAUUUAAGUGGUUAUU